UUCGUCCAAGGCCAAGACGAUAUUGGCAAAACGUGUUUAUUUUAUCAGCCAUGGUUAUAAGAAUUUCUAUAUUUCAUAUUGUUUUUGUGCCCCCCUUAUGGUUUUUUUCUGCUCAUUAAAAAAUGAGAAGGCAAGGAGUAUUUUUAUGUUUAUUAAAUCUUUUGAUUAAUUCAUAUAUUAUAUAACUAAAGUAAAAUUGAGUACAUAAUUGGCAUUAAAACAUGGCAGAAUCAAGAACCCAAUCUUUUUACAACAUAACACCUUUUCAGCAAAUAAUUUCUUCUUGCACAGGUGCUUUAAUAACAUCAGUAUUUGUUACACCAUUGGAUGUCGUGAAGAUCCGACUCCAGGCUCAGCAAAAAGCUAAACUGAGCAACAAGUGCUUUCUCUAUUGCAAUGGAUUUGUGGAAGAGCUCUGCUGUAACUUCCAUGCCGGUGGGAGCUCUGCCGUUUCCUCUCCUUAUUGGUAUCGACCGCCAGGUCAUUUGACCGGAACACUCGAUGCUUUUGUUAAAAUAACAAGAGCAGAAGGCGUUACCUCCCUUUGGAGUGGACUACCACCUACACUUUUAAUGGCUGUACCAGCUACUGUUGUUUAUUUCACGAUGUAUGAUCAACUCCGUCAGCUUGUUUUGAAGAAAUAUCACUUCGAUCACCAGCCUCUGUGGCUGCCUGCCGUUGCUGGUGGAAUGGCCAGAGCUAUAGCUGCAACAUUAAUCAGCCCAUUGGAAUUAGUGAGAACCAAAAUGCAGUCUCAAAAACUUAGCUAUCUAGAAAUCCGUCAAGCUCUUAAAAAUUUAGUUCUGACACAAGGUCUACAUUCCAUGUGGAGAGGUUUAGGUCCAACAAUAUUAAGAGAUGUUCCUUUUUCUUCCCUUUACUGGUUAAGUUAUGAGUUCCUAAAGCAAAAAUUCCAUCAACAACAACCGACAUUCUGGUUCAGUUUUGGGGCUGGUGCUACUGCUGGAAGUUUUGCUGCUUUGCUAACUCUUCCAUUUGAUGUGGUGAAGACUCAUCGUCAAAUUGAAUUAGGAGAAAUGGAAGCUCUGUAUUCCAAGCAACGCACUUCAACUUAUUCUCUUUUGAGGAAUCUGUAUCAGUCCAGUGGAUACAGAGCACUUUUUACAGGUGUAGUUCCUCGCAUUGUAAAAGUUGCUCCUGCGUGUGCCAUCAUGAUCAGCUCCUACGAAUACAGCAAAAGAUUUUUCCAUAAUUACAAUAACUCAAGAACUCUGUAUAAUAGUUUAUAAUCAAAUGUUAUGAUUGAUUUUUGUUGCAGUAAUUCUGAAUAAGUCCUAAGAAAAGUUUGUUGCAUUUAUGCCCUUAGACUAUGCAAUGUUCAGUCUUAAAGCACUUAAGUUGGAAGUAGUUAAAAUUUCUCUUUUGAUAUGUUCCUGUUAAAGUGAAGCACUUGAUCAACUUUUUUCAAAAAAAGUUCAAGUUCUAUUUGUAGUCAAAAUCAAAAUUAGAUUUAGAAAAAGGAUUACUGAUUGUUGAUUGCAUGGUCUUUGAAAAAUGUAAAUUUAUUGUGAAAAAUUAUGAAGUAUUUAUUACCUAAAAAUAUACUUCUGUCUUUGUAGCACUUCGUUACAAUGAUAGUGAUAAUUGUAGUUCACAAUUUAAGACAGUUGUAAUAAUGAAUUGUAAUGAAUGACUUUUCUUAACUGUAGUAAAAUAUUCAAAAUUUCAUCCUACAUAAAAGCUGUGAUUUUUUUUUUUAAUUCCCAUAUUUUUAUUUAUAUUAUUAAUAAAUACUAAGGCUAUCAACAUUAAAAGAAAAAAUUUUCCUGCAAUAAUUUCAUUUAAGGAUUUGUUCACUCUGUUUUCCAAAAAAAAAUGGGUUUUUCUAUUUAUAAGUAACACUAAUUUUAUUUCAGAUAUCACCCCCCCCCCCACACACACCUUUUUUUUUGGAAAAAAUCAUAAACACUAAUGUAAAUGAGUUAUAAAGAAAUAUAGAACUUAUUUUAGUUUAUGAUCUGAAUAUUUUUCUUAAAUUAUUCAUAUUUCUAGUUACUUUUUAAAAAAUGCAAGCAUAUUUUUAAGUUAAUUGCGGACAAAAAAAAAACUUGCUUUUUUGGAAAGGGAGAAUAGAAAUCCAAAAAGUAACUAUAACAAUAUUAUCAUGAUAUCACAUGAAAAUAUGCAUAAUUAUUGAAAUGACUCAAAAUUUCAUUGAAGUGAAUUUUAGUUUUGUAAAAUAAGCAUUUGUGCAUAGACUCCAAAACAUUACGGGUGUAAUUAUUUUAAUUGUGUUGUUUGUUUUUUUAUCCUUUACUAUUCAGUAUUCAAAUCUUUAAAAAAAUCAUAAGUUACCAUUACCGUAACCCAUUUCUUCUUCAAGCAAAAGGGUGGAAUAAUUUUUCACGUGCCUACUCCGCAUUUACGAACUUAAUAAAUUAACCAUGGUUAUAAAGUAAAAGCACUGAUAAAAUUUUCUUUUCAAAUUGUUAAAUUAUUAUUAUCAAUUCUUUGACCAUGUAAAAUUAGAAACAUGCAAAAUUUUGUUUUUAUUAUUAGAAUAUCAUGUAUGUGUGUGCAAGACAUGUAAUUUGUUUUUUUACAAACUAUAUUAAAGUAUCUUGAUACUUCA